CCAAAAUACAGGAAACUAAACUAGCUAGGAAACCCAAAGACCCUUUCCAGCUGACCCUUUUCUCUUUCUCUUAGAUUCUCCGUGGUCUCAUUAGUACUACUACUUCCCAGUAUUUAUAUAUAUAGACCUAGUCUCCUUUGAUGUUGAAGCAGUACUGCUACUCCUCGUCGUCGCGAUCGUCGAUGAACUCAGUCAUGAGUAUCUCAUCCGCGACAUGGGAAGAGAAGGCUUUCGCUGAAGACGCAGCUGGUGCGCUUGGUGGCGGUGGUUGCAUAUGGCCGCCGAGGUCUUAUUCUUGCAGUUUUUGUAUGAGGGAGUUCAGGUCGGCUCAAGCUCUUGGGGGUCACAUGAAUGUUCACAGAAGAGACAGAGCUAGACUCAAGCAAUGCCUCCACAACACUAGUGGUACUGCUACUCCUAAACUAGCUACAGAUCAUGUCCCUCAUCACCUUAGAAAUCAUAGCCAUGGCUUUGGUGCGAUGACUUGCCCUUUUUCAGCUCCUAGGGCUUUUAUCUCUCCUUAUUCUUCUUCAAAUUCUUGCUCAACUGCUGCUGCUGCUGCUGCCGCUGCCGCUGAUCGAUCGGAGAAGAAUAUCAUGGUGAUGGGGUCAUCAUCAGACGAAGAAGACCAAUCUGUUAUUAGCCUGAUGGGAGGUGAUCAAGUUGGGGAAUAUGUCGAAACCGAUUUGACAGUGGGGUUGAUUAACACAGUUGUUAGAGGAAACAGACAAUUAGCUGGGUCUUGUGGGGAAGAGGCAAGCACUUGUAAAAGGCCUAAGAUUGCUUCUGCUAUGAACUCAGCACCAUUUCCAUUCUUUCUCCGACCUGCAGAGGUAAGUGGACUUAUGGCUACAGCUAACUCCAUGGAAGAUUUGGAUCUUGAGCUCAGGCUUGGUGACCCAACUCCCAAGAUCAAAUGA